GUUCGUUUCUCCUCAGCUUGGCUAAGUGAUUAUUUUAGCAGAAAUGGCUGGCAAUGCUACUGGAACUGCCCUGUUGGGCUGCACGGGGCUAGUGGGGUCUCACAUCCUGACCACUCUUCUCGCUCACCCAUCUGUCGCACGAAUCGAUACUAUAUCUCGCAGGACUCCCGAAACCGCUGGUACAUCGCCUCAAGUCAAACUGACCACAUUUAUCGAAAAAGAGACAUCGAAAUGGGCAGAUCAAAUAUCACGACUUUCUCCCCCGCCUUCGGUCUAUUUCUCGGCAUUGGGUACAACCCGUGCACUCGCAGGAGGACUGGCCAACCAGUACAAGCUCGAUGUUGACCUGAAUAUCGAAUGUGCCAAGGCAGCCCGCGAAGCUGGCGCAAAAGUCUUUGUUCUUGUCUCCAGUUCAGGUGCCAAUCCAAAUUCCAUGGUACCCUACACGAAAAUGAAGGGUGAAUGUGAGGAGGCGGCCAAGAAAUUAGAUUUUGACCAUACGAUUAUUGUGCGCCCAGGCAUGAUCGUAGGUCAACGGGAAGACAGUCGCCCUGCUGAGGCCGUUCUUCGCUUCGUCGCUAGUUCUUUUGGAAAGCUCCAUACGUCCUUGAAAGACCCAUGGGCACAAGAUGCCGAUGUUAUUGCUAAGGCUUGUGUAAAUGCUGGCCUCAAGGCUCUUGCAGGGGAAGCACCUGGUGGAAGUGAAAAAGUCUGGGUUCUAGAUCAAGCGGAUGUCAUUCGACUGGGACGUACUGAGUGGAAAUGAACAUUUGCAUGUUGAUAUUCUCAAUGUUUAUUGGUACGUUAACUACUGAAAUUGUGAGUAUUUAUCGAACAUGAAGAAGUUAAUUAGGCGGGAUUCAGCGAUG